ACAGGGUCUAGGAGACUAACAGGAAUCUGCCUGGACUAUAACAAAUUAUUUCCCUCUAAAUUAGGGAAACAGGGGGGAAAAUAAGACCAUUUUAUUUUCUUGAAAAUUGUCGUUUAAUUGGCUCACGUAGGACAGCAGCAAAGAUGAGGAAUUGUCAGUUCCUAUUAUGUAUCUCUCUUCUUCUCUGUGGGAUAGUGACAGAAAGCUUUAGCUUUGCCUUAUUGCCUAAAGAUAAAAGGGGAUGGACUUUAAACAGUGCUGGAUACUUACUUGGACCACAUGCUCAUCGGACUCUGACUGAUAAAGUUAAUAUGGCUGGGAAAAGGGAGGCAGUGGAAGACAUAUUUAAGUCUGGAAGAGAUACGUAUGGAAUCCAGCUGCAUUCAUUGGAUGACGACACAGUCACAACCAUCCUUGAAUUCUUGUCAUAUCUGCGCCUCAAAGAACUGGGAGCUCUGGACCACUUGGCAAUGCUGAUUACUGAAGAUUCUUCACAAUCCUAGUCACCACUCCCUAUAUAUUCCAGCUUUAACAAAGCUGUGAUCUCAGAUCUACUGCCCAGUAUUCAAAUUAUACAAAAGAAAUUACAUUAAAAGAAUUCAAAGAACAUU